AUGGAGCGCCAAGGGCUCUUUUUUCUUAACAAAAUUUCAGAAUCAGUACUGGGGAAUCCUGUUAUAGGAGACAGCGGUAAAGUGCGCCGAUGCAUCACUGCCGGAUUCUUCCCGAACGCAGCGUACCUGCACCACUCCGGAGUGUACAAGACUCUGCGUGGGGAUAUGGUGCUACAUGUGCAUCCCACAUCUGUGCUCUACACCCUCGAGCAGCCACAAUGGGUGCUGUUCUGUGAGAUUCUCCAGACUGAUCGGACCUACAUGAGGGAGUUGACCGUUAUCGAGCCAGAGUGGUUGGAAGAGCUUGCCCCUCAUUUUUACCAAAAAUCAUUUGAAAAUGAGAGAUAGAAAAGAUACA